UAAUCUGACUGUUUAUGCUGCUUCAUCAGGGCACUGCAUUUUGUUUCUUAAAGGAUUUGUGAUGUUAAAGUACAGCAUUUCAGAGUGCUGGAGAAGUUUACAGGCAGUCCAUUCAAGAACUCAUUUAAAAUGCUUUGGAAAAAGCCUGAGCUUGCUGCUAACUUUGUUUUCUCUUGCUGCUCUAGGCUUGAAGAUGCAGUGGACGCCGGAGCAUGCCCAGUGGCCAGAACAGCACUUUGAUAUCACCUCCACCACCCGGUCCCCUGCCCACAAGGUGGAAGCGUACCGGGGGCACCUGCAGCGCACCUACCAGUACGCCUGGGCUAAUGAUGACAUCUCGGCUCUGACUGCCUCCAAUCUCUUGAAAAAGUAUGCAGAAAAAUACUCUGGUAUUUUGGAGGGCCCAGCUGAACGACCUAUUCUCAGCAAUUACACUGAAGCUCCCUCGGGGCUGGUGAAUGGACGGAAAAAUGAAAGCGAGCCCUGGCAACCUUCGCUGAAUUCAGAGAGCGUGUAUCCCAUGAAUUGCGUACCAGAUGUCAUCACUGCCAGCAAAGCUGGUGUGAGUGCAGCCCUCCCUCCCGCAGAUGUGUCAGCCAGCAUCGGGAGUUCACCUGGAGUGGCCAGUAACCUGGCUGAACCUAGCUACUCCAGCAGCACCUGCGGAAGUCACACUGUUCCCAGUCUUCAUUCAGGGCUCCCAUCUCAGGAAUACGCCGCAGGAUACAAUGGCUCCUACUUGCAUACCAGUUACAGUGGCCAACCAGCACCUGCACUUCCAUCCCCUCAUCCGUCCCCCCUGCAUAGCUCAGGGCUUUUACAGCCCCCACCACCGCCGCCGCCACCACCAGCCCUGGUCCCUGGCUACAAUGGCACCUCGAACCUCUCCAGUUACAGCUACCCAUCUGCCACUUACCCUCCUCAAACUGCUGUUGGCCCUGGGUACAGCCCUGGGGGUGCCCCGCCACCCUCGGCCUACCUGCCGUCAGGAAUCCCUGCUCCAACCCCUCUGCCCCCCACUACUGUCCCCAGCUACACCUACCAGGGCCAUGGCCUGACGCCCAUCGCACCGUCUGCCCUGACCAACAGUUCAGCCAGCUCUCUCAAAAGGAAAGCUUUCUACAUGGCAGGGCAAGGAGAAAUGGACUCCAGUUAUGGAAAUUACAGCUAUGGCCAACAGAGAUCUACACAGAGUCCCAUGUAUCGAAUGCCCGACAACAGCAUUUCAAAUGCAAACAGGGGGAAUGGAUUUGACAGAAGUGCUGAAACAUCAUCCUUAGCAUUUAAGCCAACAAAGCAGCUAAUGUCCUCUGAACAGCAAAGGAAAUUCAGCAGCCAGUCCAGCAGGGCUCUCACACCCCCAUCUUAUAGUACUGCUAAAAACUCACUGGGUUCAAGAUCAAGUGACUCGUUUGGGAAGUAUACCUCCCCAGUAAUGAAUGAGCACGGUGAUGAGCACAGGCAGCUCCUCCCUCACCCAAUGCAAGGCCCAGGACUUCGUGCAGCUACCUCAUCCAACCACUCUGUGGACGAGCAACUGAAGAAUACUGACACACACCUCAUUGACCUUGUUACCAAUGAGAUUAUCAACCAAGGACCUCCUGUAGACUGGAAUGACAUCGCUGGCCUAGAUCUAGUAAAGGCCGUCAUUAAGGAGGAGGUUUUAUGGCCAGUAUUGAGGUCAGAUGCAUUCAAUGGACUGACUGCUCUACCUCGGAGCAUCCUUUUAUUUGGACCUCGGGGAACGGGCAAAACAUUAAUGGGGAGAUGUAUAGCUAGUCAGCUGGGGGCCACAUUUUUCAAAAUCACUGGCUCUGGCCUUGUCACAAAGUGGUUAGGUGAAGGAGAAAAAAUUGUCCACGCCUCUUUCCUUGUGGCAAGGUGUCGCCAACCCUCGGUGAUUUUUGUUAGUGACAUUGAUAUGCUUCUUUCUUCGCAAGUGAGUGAAGAACACAGUCCAGUAAGUCGGAUGAGAACCGAGUUCCUUAUGCAGCUGGACACUGUACUGACUUCUGCUGAGGACCAAAUAGUAGUAAUUUGCGCCACAAGUAAACCGGAAGAAAUUGAUGAAUCUCUUCGAAGGUACUUCAUGAAACGACUUUUAAUCCCACUUCCUGACAGCACAGCGAGGCACCAGAUAAUAGUACAACUGCUCUCACAGCACAAUUACUGUCUCAAUGACAAGGAGGUUGCACUGCUUGUCCAGCGCACAGAAGGCUUUUCUGGACUAGAUGUGGCUCACUUGUGUCAGGAAGCAGUGGUGGGCCCACUCCAUGCCAUGCCAGCCACAGACCUUUCAGCCAUUAUGCCCAGCCAGUUGAGGCCAGUUACAUAUCAAGACUUUGAAAAUGCUUUCUGCAAGAUACAGCCUAGCAUAUCUCAAAAAGAGCUUGAUACAUAUGUUGAAUGGAACAAAAUGUUUGGUUGCAGUCAGUGAUACUACUUUAAAAAAAAAAAAAAAAAAAAGUAAUGAAUGUUGGCACACACAGAACCUGCUACAUAGGGUAGAGAACCCUUUUCAGUAGUGUUAAAAUUGCAAAGGGUACUGGGAAGACUACAAUAUACCUUGCCUCUAAAGAGCCAGGGUAGACUUGAAGGAAAAGUGCAUCAAACAAGAGCUGCUGAUCUGAAAAAGCCACACAUGACAGAAAGCGCAUGUUGAUGCUCAGUUCUGUUCAAGCCAGACAAUACUCACCAAGGAGCAAGGUGCAAGUGGGUUGAUUUCAGAAGGACAUGAACCCUGUGUGUUGAUUCCAUUCUGCUGUUCUUGAGAUUUAGUUGCUGUCAAGUGCCUGAAGUGGUGCUUUAUUUUUUGUUUGCCUCACAAUUACAUUGGUGGCAUGUGCUAAUAUAAAGAGCUUUAACUUCAAACAUUAUUGGACUAAAGAGAUGAACGGUUGUGUUGCGACAGAGAACCAGAUUUUUGCUAUUCUAAGAGCAACAGUAUUCCUCAAUCCUGUCUGUUCUGUGGUGUUAAACUAAGAACAGGUAAAACAGGGUAAUGGUAAUCUGGACCUUAAUUUCUGCAGUUCAUUUCUUUUAAUGUUCUGUCUGCAAAAACUCAGGAAAGUGAUUGUGAUUUGUACAGUACCUCAAAGGAAUGUGUUGAAAGCACUAUGUACUGCUGAGAGUUAUAGGCUAGGCUUCAAUGUUACUUUAUAUUAAAUAUGUAUGUUUACCUCAACAAUUGGAAAAUGGCAAGGAAAAUUACUUUGAAUGUAUCCAGGAAAAAAACUAAAGUGUGAUAUGACUGAAGCUUUACAGUUUUUAAAAUUAGAAACAGAAGGAUUGCAGUGUUAGGAAACUGUUCUUUUGCCAAUUUGUCAAAUCAAAUCAGAGCAGAACAAUUUUUCUUGUUGGUAAACUGUAAGAGUUUUCAGCAUAUUGCUCCUUGAUAAUUAUGUGAUACAGUCUUUAGAAGGUGCUUAGAUGAAAAAAAAAAGCCACAUAAUCGGUUUAUGUUAGCAGCUGAAACGGUCAAAUGUAAGAUUUGGUAGGACUCCAAGAGGCAAGUUACCUUAAGCUGUGACUGCUGGCGCUUACUAUGGGGCUCUGGUUGUGGUUUUGAGGUUAUUUUGGUGGAGCUGUAGGGAGUGGAAUCAGUGUAGGUCACUGGCAGAGCUAUGGGUUGCAGAGAUGUUUAUAGCAACACAGUAGUCUGUGACCAAAUAAACAGUACAAAUAACAGAGCAAAACUGAACCCUCGAAGUACAUUUAUUUCCCUUCCCAAACUGUAAAGUUGAGUUUUUGUUAUGUGUGUGCGGCUCCAUUGUCCGUGAUGCAAUCUUCAUUUAGCAUCCAUUAGAAAUCUUCCAGGCUGGAGUGUGCCCACCAUUAUUUCUACCUCAGUUUUGUUACAUUUAUCUUGGAAAGCAAAGUAAGAAAUAGGGCAAAAAACCAAAACCAACGCAGAAGUCAGAUUACAUUAGGAAUGUGAACCUGCUAAACGAGUUUCAGAGAGCUGCUGGUUUUCCCCUGAAGUCAAGUUUUCUCCAUGCUAGUGCUCUUUACCCCCCUUUUUCCUCCCCCAAAUAUACAUACUCUGGUGUCUUCCUUCUGGAAAGAUGAGCUGGCAUGUGUGACAUUUUGUUCAAUUCCCCCCACCCCCCCAUCUUUCUUUUUAUCCUUUAAUGCUUUCUGUGCAACUCUUUUCAUGACAGCUGACUGAUGUUGGGUAAUGUCUCUGAGCAGGAACAGUAUAUGUUGCAGCUGCCCAAAGCCUCUGCCACCACGUGAGCAAAACAGCCUUGCUUUUUGAAUGUAUUUUUUUGUUUGUUUACUUUAAAGAGACAGUAACAAAACUGUUGCAAAGCACUGGCAUUUAAUGUUUCUGUUAAGUAAUGUACAUUCAAAACCAUUGAAUAAAUGCACUGAAAAGCCCCAAGUAGAGAGAUACCAAUCUGUUACGAGAUCACGCUUGUCUUCUCAAAAAUUGUACAGAUCUUGUCUGUUUUGUUAAAUCAGUGGAGACAGUUAGCAUUCAGAAAGCUAAAGAGGGAUUUUGUGAUAUUGCUGGAAAUUUAUGGCUAUUGAUUACUUCUUUCCUUUAUCUUUCUUUUAAAAAAAAUAUAUAUAUAUUUAGAUAGAACGUGCUAAAAACAGAGCAAAUAAACCAAAAUCUAAUAUAAGAUGGAUUCCUGGCAAACAUUUUGUCUAUCUAAAACUUUAUGUUUUAAGCAUAAAAAUACCAUUUUAAAAACAGUGCCUUUCAUUAAGGAUGUAGAAAGUAAGACUUAAAUACAUCACCUGCUUUCUUUUUUUUUUUUUUUUCUUUUUUCUUUUUCCUUUCAACAGCAAUUACAAUCUAUGGUCCUUGUUAUGACCCAGUCUUUCUGCUUCCCUAAACCUCCACAGGCUGCUUCUCCAUCCUGGUCAUUCCACCAUCCUCAUAUUUGGGUGACCCUGGUGUCUCCACUUGCUGUAGGUUCACGCUGGCAAGUACGCUAUUGCAGAUCGCUGACCCAAAUUCUGUCCUAGACAUUGCCUUUCAUAUCUGCCAUUGAGCUGGGCUUAUUUGAAAAGCUCAGGCAAAUUUUGAUAAACCAACUUUUGCUUUAUCCAUUCCUGGUAAAACCAUAACUCCUAACAGAUUUUGCAGCUGGUAAAAUGAAAACUACCUUUAUUGUAAUUUUUUUUCUUCUUUUUUUUAACAUCAUCUUAUCCAGUAGCGAAAACAAAAAGCAAAUUAAAUUGUAGAUCGUCCCUGUGGCUUCCAGCUUUAAAUUGUUCUCUAUAAAAAGUCACUCUGGGAAAUGGAUUUUUCAAAUGUUAACCAAAGUGACAAGCAGGCAGAAACUGAGAUGGUGUGAAAAUGCAGGUUCCACACACGCACACACGCUCCUGCUCUCCAGGGCUUGUUUCAGCUUUGGGGCAGCAGCAGGUGAAAACUUCACCCGGAUGACAGUGGAGGACAGAGCCAGAUUGUUACCCAAAUCUUUCUUUACCAGCAGCUCUCCUUGACACCACUCAGAAAGGUGUCUGUUGGAUUUGGUUGGGUAGUGUUAACAGCAGACACCUCAGGCCUUCUUGAGAACUUUCUGGCCGCCUUAACUUCUUUGACAGAAUUUCCUCCCCUCAGGGGGCUGAGCUGGCUGAACCUCCCACCACACCCACUCCUCACUGUUUUCCCCUCUUCUCCUUCAUUUAUCCCCCUUUUCUCCCUCGUGAGCAGGAGUCGGCGUGCUGCUAGACCUUCACCCCUCCCAGCAGCCUCCUCAUUGGGGAGAGUCCAAGAAGGACUGAAGCGCGAUCCUGAAGUCCUCCUGCACCUGGGUGGAUCCUGAAGGUUAGGAUUGUUUUUGAGAGGAGAGACAAAAUAUGUUUUAAUGGUAUCGUCAGGAUGAAACGUUAGCUAGUUUUUGACAUUUCCAUGGUGGAAAACUGCUGUCUUUUAUUACCAGGCAAAGCCAGGGGCUGCUUGCCAAAGAAAUGCCUGAGUGGUUUGCUGGAUUUUAAGGAACCUUGAAUGGUUAAAGAGCAUCUGCUGUGUCAGCCUAUGCUCUACAUAGUCUUUUUAUGUGUGGAUCCCAUUCUACAUCAGCUCAUUUUCUUCCUUGUAACUUCAGUAACAAUUCCUACGGCAACAAAAAUAAAAUAAAUUGGAGGAAUAUUUCUGCAAGCUGAAGGAUCAAUAUCAAUACAAGGAGGAGUUCAUAAAGACCUUAUGUGAGACAGAAAUGGAAAUACUCUGUAUUGCUGACAUGUUUCUCUUCGAAAUAUUUAGAACAUUUGUGACAAUAUAAAAAAAGUUUGCUGACUGAGCUGAUCAAUGGAAUGCGGAGGCAGUUUACUUUAAGGCUAUUUACUUUCACAUGGAUUAUUUAUCUAUUAGUCAGUUUGUAUUCUACUCAAAUGCAGAUAGAUGGGCAAAAUGUUUUCUUGAGGAUUACAAACUUAGCAAGAGGAUAAUCAACCAUCUGACUAAAAUACAUAGGCCAAACACCAUCUGGGUGUCUUUACCAGCUAUUUGGAGACUAUGCUCUGUAAAAUGGUACAAGGUCAUAUUUAGGUGGUUUUUCUUAGAAUUUUUUUCACUUGGGGGUCAUCUAGUCAAAAAUACCCAAAUUAAUUAUUGCAUUGAGCCAUUCAUAUGUUGCAAGCAAAGAUGGGCAUCUGACUAGGGUUUCCAUUAUCUGCAUCUACGUAGGACUUCAGAUAAAGAGCUGUUCUCGUAAUCCCUGUUUCUCUCCGAAGCACUCUCAGUCAUGAGGGAGAGUGUAUCACACAGGUGUAAUGGAUACAUUUUGUCACAAGACAAGGCCAGCAAGAUUCUAGGGCCUCCUAGCUUUUCACUUAACCAGUCUGAAGGUGGUAUAAUAUUGUUGACUUAAAGGAAUUACUCCUGAUUUCUGCCCUUGUUAGAAAAGUCAUCCCUCCAGUGUAUAAUAAUCUAUGUCUGUUGGUUUUCAUCAUCAGCUCUGAAAGCUAACCUUGUCCUCACAGCACUAACUCCUUCCAUCUUGUAUGUGUGCAUGUGUGUAUAUAAUAUUUAUAUGUGCAUACACACCAUGUCCAAACAAUAGCUUUGUCUCUUUAACUUAAAAAAAGAAACAUCAUUUAAUCAUCUGCAGAUUUAUAUGAAGCACAUGAGUAAACAUGGAGAUAUAAGAAUUUCAGAAAUCAAAAAUAUAAAAAAAAGAAAACCCAGAACCCCCACCCAGCUGUGCUGGUAACUAACCAAUACAUGAACUGAAGCUCACACUCAGCAAGGACCUUUGGUUGACAUUCGAUUUUGAACCUGCCAGAUGCAUUUUUGUGAACCAGAGAUACUGCAUCUUUAAUGAACAAGUCUCUACACUUUCCCCUGUUUUUAAAUACAACACAAGCAGUGUAGCACUGGGCACUGCAAUUGUCAAAGACAAUUAGACUGAAAGCAGGAAAAUUUCACCUCCCUGUCUCAGUGAUAUGUAGAAUGUCGGCAGUAUGGGUCAGCCUUGCCACAGAGUUGUGUGAGAAUAUAUGAAUCAGUCCUAUAGAAUGUUAAAUAUUUAUAAAAUGGUU